UUGGGCUUUAUUAUGAGAUUAACAUCAAGCAAUGGAAUUAGACACGGCUGGGGACUUGAAACUUGUCUAAUUAUAAAAGAUUACUAUGAUUAUUUCAGAGAUGAAGAUUUAGAAGAAAGUUUUAGUACCAACCAAGAUAAGCCGUUAUUUAUUCAUGAUCAUCUGGCUGCUAUAAAGGCAAGAUGUUGGUUAGAAGAACAAGUUCUGUUAGAAAUACAGGAUAAAGAUGAUAAUGAUGAUCAUGAUAAUUUGUUAUCUGAAGAUGAACAUAUGAAUCGUAAAUUUUUAGAUGUAGAAAAAGAUAAAUGA